AUUAAUAAGAGUACAAAUUGACCCCCAGACGGCUGAUGUUUUCUAGUCUUUUUAGCUCUUUUAAAAGAUCUUGUAAAGUGUGAGCGUGAACGCUUGAUAUGUAGAAAAAAUCGUUAUCAUCACGGCAAAUCUCUGAACAAGGGUCUAAGAAAUUUCCACGAAAAACCUCAUAUUGACUGUUAGAAUUGAGCAUUAAAAAUGUUUUACAAUUGAAAUAUUUUAAACACAAGUACUGUGCAUACUUUAUGCAUGUUCACACAAAUGAUUUAGUCAUGCAAAGUUGCAGCUUUUAUUUUAACUAAAUAUUUAUGUUGUAGAGUGAACUGUUUGCACACUUGAGAUGCAACCACAGUUAAGAAAACGAGCACUAAUACUCAGAAAACCCUCAGCCACAAUGCAUCUGCACAAUGCAACAUGUACUCAUACCAUCAAUAAUUGAGAUAAAGUGUCACUGAGCUUUUUUCAUGCUGGUUGGAGGUUUGUCGUCAUCAAACUUGUGUUUUUUUCAACACAAUAAAAGGUUGUGAGAUCAGCAGGAAGACCAAUCACUGACACUCCGUUCAACCAGCAAGCAGCUCAAAGAAUCAACCAUGACACAGAUGAUGAUGAAAGCCUCUGUCGUCGUGGUGACCUUCUUCCUACUCUUCUCAUCCGUCCUGACAUCUGCACCUGCUUUCCAGCCAGAAAUAUGCUGCAAAAACUUCUACCCGAAAAAGAUACCUGCUCAUGUGGUGCAGAGCUUCAGAUACACGAGCAUGGCGUGUGCCAAGAGAGGUGUUAUCAUUAAGAUGACAAAUGACAAAGACAUCUGUGUUGACCCGUCCUCAGAGUGGGUGAAGAAACUCGUGACUGUCCCUACAGUAAAGCCCAUCUCCACUUUGACCAAGAAAUUAUAGUUACUGGAUUUAUAAACCUUUAAAGAUAUCAGAGAAGACACAGCUAGAACAUUUAAGGGCUGCUUUAUAUUGAAAGUUAAAGAAAACGCUCAUCAAAUAUAUUGCAAAAUAUAUUCUGCUGCUUGGAGACAGUUUGUUUUAUCAUAAAUCUGCUGAAGACGUAAAUAGUUACUCAAACCUGCAAACGUACAAAAAGAAAAAAAAAACUAUAUUUUCAUUUUUUAUAUUCUUGGGAAUUUGUUUUCUCCAUCUUUACUUUCAAUAAAUCAAAUUUCAAAACUG